CCACAGGCGAUCUUACAUUGAAGAACAAUUUUUUAUUGUAAAACAGAAAACAAAUAAGAAUGGGACUUGACAAUCUAACUAAGGCAUAUAUUGCUGAUUCAAUAACUAACAAGGAAAAACUGAAACUCAGGAAACCACAAGUUGAAAAGAUGAGGAGAGACCGUAUUAAUAGCAGUAUUGAGAAGCUCAGGAAAAUACUGGAAAAGGAGUUUCCAAUCCAGCAUCCCAGCUCCAAACUGGAGAAAGCUGACGUACUGGAAAUGGCUGUGAUCUUCUUAAAAACACAGAUGCAGAUCAAAGCCAAAGUAUUAGUACAAAGCAGCUCCCAGCAAGAUUACAAGGAAGGUUAUUCCACAUGUUUAAAAGCGACAGUCAACUUCAUCUCUCACCCUGAAGUUAGAAAGGAAAUUCAGAUGAAAAUGCAGAACCAUUUCCAACAAGCAGCAGGUAUUACUGGGCACAUCAGCCCCUCUGAAUCCCCAGUGACAUCAUCUCCAUGUCAGCUCCUCCCCCAGCAGUCCACCCUGUACACUACCACACCAGUCUGGAGACCCUGGCUAAACUAGAACAUUCUGUGAUGGACUUACAGUUGUGAAACCAGAGGGAGAUGUGCCUCAUUGAAGGUUUUUCUGCCUUUUUCAGUAGGAAAUAUUUAGUUCCCGGAAGAUAUUUUAUAAAGUGACUGUUUCUUUCUUUAUUCCUUCACAUUGAAGGUUGUUUAUCCAUAAUCAUCAAAGUGGUGUAUGUGCUAAGGUGGGGACAGUUAUUAUUAUUUGUUAUGGUAAUGUAUUCAGUGUGUGUGUGUGUGUGUGUGUGUGUGUGUGUGUGUG